AUGCCGUCUCUCAAACUCGUCCGUCAGACCAACUCCAACUUGGGCAGCACCCACCCUGAGAUUGUUGCCGUAAUGCUGGGAGCAACCGGCGGUAUUGGAGCUGCUACUUGCCGUGAACUAGUGCGGCAAACACAACGCCCUACGUUGUACAUUGUUGGUCAGAAUGAGCAUCGCGCGUCAGCUCUAGUGCGAGAGUUGGAGGCCUCGAAUCCGGCGGCGAAGAUCUCUUUUAUUCAAAGUGACCUGGCAUUACUUCGCAACGUCGACGACGUUUGCCGCAGGAUCGUUGAGAAGGAGACCAAAAUCAAUCUUCUCUUUAUGACAGCUGGCUUCCUCAGUCUUCAAGGAAGAGUCGAGACCACCGAGGGACUUGACAAGAUGUACAGUCUGCAGUAUUUCGCAAGAAUGCGGGCCGUCGUCAAUAUCCUUCCCCUUCUCAACAGAGCGAGCGAGAACAGGGAGCUCGCUAGAGUUGUCUCUGUCCUGGGUGCGGGCAACGAGGGGCGCAUCUUUAAGGACGACCUGGAGAUGCAGCAUAACUACAGCCUCCAAAACUGCUCUGGCCAGGCCAUGUCCAUGAAUUCGUUGGCCCUCGAGCAUCUGGCUCGCUUGAACACCGGUGUCUCUUUUGUCCACGUCUACCCCGGGGUGGUGAGGCAAACAAGCAUCAUGUCCAAUAUGGGCCAACCACUGAGCACCAUCAUCCGCAUGUUAAUGUUCCUUGCGACACCCUUCACGAUGUCUGUCCGAACGUGUGCAGUGCGGCAACUGUACGUGAGUACUGCAGACCUUUUCUCUCCUCACGGCAAAAAUCGCAAGUCUACCGAGACAGCCUUUUUCAGGCUCAGCAGUAACGGAGAAGCUUGUCCCGAAAACCCUAUGCUUUCGGGCUACUUGAGUGACGGUACCUUGGAAAAGGUGUGGCAGUUUACUGAAGCUGUGUUUCAAGAUGUCUCUGAGAAGAACAAGGUCGCAGUGUGA